AUGACGCGUGCAGAAUUGACACCUCUCGAGAUACAACUCGAGCUCGGCCCACAACUCUGCGGAUCCUCUUAUAUCUUUGGCCCGGAUGAUCCUCGAUGGCCGCAGCGAGUGAUCAGGUUUCAGGAGUAUAUGGCCCCGCAAUUCACUGUCUGGGUUCAGGUCGGCUGUGAAGAUGAUAUUUCUACAGUGGUUCAAUAUGCCUAUCAAAAUGGCAUUCCUUUCUACACGGUCAACCGCGGCUAUGGAUUACCAAAAUCGCAAGGGAAGUUCCGGGGUAUGGCCAUUGACGUCCAGCUCUUGACCGACAUCGUGGUGGAUCGAGAGAGGCAGAUUGCACGUGUAUCGGCGGGAACGGCCACCCAGGAAUUGAUCGACGCGCUGUGGGAAGAAGGCUAUGUUACAGUUACCGGAGCCAGCUCGUGUGCAGGCAUAGUUGGACAGGCUCUUGGAAGCGGUCACGGAAGAUACAAAACGCGCUAUGGCUUGAUGCUCGACAACAUGGUUCGACUGAAUGUCGUGCUGGCCAAUGGAACUACAGUUGUAGUCUCGGAAGACAGCCAUGAGGACCUGUUUUGGGCCAUGAAGGGUGCCGGGCACAAUUUCGGCAUAGUGACCAGCUACGAGAUGAGGAUCUAUCCACACGAGGAGGAUACUUGGUACUUUCGAAAUUACGUGUUCACACAAGAUAAGCUUGAGCCCUUUUUCGAGCAACUGAACAAAGUAGUAGCUCGCAACGGGUCGCAACCGGUGGAAAUGGACGUUGAUUAUGGCCAUUAUGAAUUUAACCCAUUGUUCAGCGACACUGACGUGAUUCUCUACUGGACCUUCAACUAUGCUGGUCCGCAGAUCGAUGCAGAGAAGUACCUGGCUCCAUUUGAUGCUAUCGGCCCGAUAAAUGUCACCGACGGGACUGUGCCCUAUCCUGACAUGCCCCUGGCUUCAAGAAAUGGUAACCUCGACUCAACUUGUGCGAAAGGAUUUGCAAAGAAGGCAUCUACCAUUGGGCUACAAGUCUAUAACACAUCUGCAUGCCGCCAGGUCUAUGAUCUCUUUGAUGCCAGGCUGAAGAAGUAUACAGAACUUCGGCCAGCAUCUUUUGUCUUGUUCGAAGGAUACUCCGUCCAAGCUGUCAAGGCGAUUGACCCAGCGACUUCGGCUUUCCCGCACCGCCAUGAUUACAUUAAUCAAGUUACCACAAUAACGCAUGCUCCGGAUUCCAAUCUUGAUGAGCCGGCAAUGCAGCUUGCUCAUGAUAUUCGUGAACUCUUUAUCGAUGGCCAGCCAGACCGGCUACCCAGUGCACAUGUCACUUAUGCAUUUGGUGACGAGCCCCUAGAGCAAGUUUAUGGGCACGAGCCAUGGCGUUUGGAGAAGCUUUGGGCUCUCAAGGCUAUAUAUGACCCGACCAACCAGUUCGCCUAUCAUGUCCCUGUUAUUCCUCUGGAAUGA